AUGAAGUGUCUUUUUUCUAAUUUGACAAAACCCCAUUCCCACAGGAAGAAAAAGUCCAACAGCACUUCCAUCACUGAGUUUCUUCUCCUGGCAUUUGCAGACACGUGGGAGCUUCAGCUCUUGCACUUCUGGCUCUUGCUGAGCAUCUACCUGGCUGCCCUCCUGGCCAACGGCCUCAUCAUCACUGCCGUAGCCUGUGACCACCGCCUCCACACACCCAUGUACUUCUUCCUCCUCAACCUCUCCCUCCUCGACUUGGGCACCAUCUCCACCACAGUCCCCAAAUCCAUGGCCAAUUCCCUCUGGGACACCAGGGCCAUCUCCUAUGCAGGAUGUGCUGCCCAGGUCUUUCUGUUUCUCUUUUUGAUCUCAGCAGAGUAUUUCCUUCUCACUAUCAUGGCCUAUGACCGCUACGUUGCCAUCUGCAAACCCCUGCACUACGGGACCCUCCUGGGCAGCAGAGCUUGUGUCCACAUGGCAGCAGCUGCCUGGGGCUGUGGGUUCCUCACUGCUGUGCUGCACACUGCCAAUACAUUUUCACUACCCCUCUGCCAAGGCAAUGCACUGGAGCAGUUCUUCUGUGAAAUCCCCCAGAUCCUCAAGCUCUCCUGCUCAGAUGCCUACCUCAGGGAAGUUGCGGUACUUGUGGUUAGUGCCUGUUUAGUCUUUGGUUGUUUUGUUUUCAUUGUGCUGUCCUAUGGGCAGAUCUUCAGGGCUGUACUGAGGAUCCCCUCUGAGGAAGGACGGCACAAAGCCUUUUCCACGUGCCUCCCUCACCUGGCUGUGGUCUCCUUGUUUGUAAGCACUGCCACGAUUGCCUACCUGAAGCCCCCCUCCAUCUCGUCUCCAUCCCUGGACCUGGUGGUGGCAGUUCUGUACUCAGUGGUGCCUCCAGCAGUGAACCCCCUCAUCUACAGCAUGAGAAACCAUGAGAUCAAGGGUGCCCUGAGAAAACUACACUUGCUGGUCACCCCAGGUUUACAGAAUCACAGACAUGUUGUGAUUGGAAGGGACCUCUGGAGAUCAUCCAGUUCAACCCUCUCAGCUGAGGAAGGCUCAGCUACAGGACUGCAGCUUUUGUUCUUGGUGGGAACCUCAUUCAUCAUGAUGUUGCCACCUGCCAUCUACUCCAGCAUGCCUCUGCUGAGAAGCAAAGCCUUUCUAGACAAGGGCUCCCAUCACUUGGUAGAGGCUUUCCUUGUUAUGAGUCUGCCCUUGGCCCUGGAGCCACAUCCUAAAGCACCCCAUUGGUCUGCAGAUAUGCCAGGAAACUUGCAUAAGGAACCCACUCCUGUGGACAAGAAGGUGGAUGUUCCCAGGAAUCUCAGGAGGCGUGGCAUACCCAUAGCUGUGCUCAGGGAGCUGGUCAAAUGCCUCGUCUCCAUUUCUGUAAUGCUGGCCUAG